GCUCGUCCUAUACGAACAAGAAACAUCCAAUUGAUUCUCCAUCAUGUCCGCCCUCUUCAACUUCCAAUCACUCCUCCUUGUCAUUCUCCUCCUGAUCUGUACCGCAACAUACGCACAUGCCCACGCCCCGGCAAUCAUGGAUAGAAACAAGCAUGGGUUCAUGGGGGUUUUCUGGAAGGCUGCGCGGAUAGGUGAGAGGUUGAGUCCGUACGUGAGUUUGUGUUGCGCUGCUAUGGCUGUUUCUCUCUUCUUCUCAUGAUCCACCAUCCCAGUAUUGUCUCUAGCGCUGGUCUCGGAGUUCUGGUGUUUUCUUUUUCUGGCAUACCACAGACCACGGCCGCGGUCUAGGGAUACAAAUUCUGACUCUAUGUCAUCGCAA